AUGCCAAGGGUGGAAGACCUCAAGCACGCGGUUCGAAAUCGUCGGCGCGGGAAUCAAAGACGCCCGAUUAAGGAGGUAGAAGGGGAGGAUUGGAGGACAGGGGAAGCGGGACGAGCCUUGAGGCGGACUGGUGGAGUGGAGCUGGACAGGCUAAAAAAACUGGACGAAGAUACGAACCAUGGAGGAGUCGGGAACGUCCGACUGCGAGAUCAGACUCGACGGACGCGCUGCAGAGGAGGAGGAGGAGGAGGAGUUUGUGGCCGUGCGGUGGUGAGGGUGGUGGAGCUUAUCGGCAAGUCAAAAAAAGAGUGCGAGGAAACAGUAGACGAUGAUCGGCAUCGACAUAGGCAUAACGGAACCUGGAAGGACGAAGGCUGGCGAGGCGAGUCGAAACGAUCCUGCGAACCGACCUCGGCUCUCCCCGAUCCGACUCUGAGUCCACGCUCGCUGUACCCGCAUGCACACGCGGUCUCGAUGCAUAAACAACACGUGGCCCGAGGAUUCUCUUCUUCCCCUUUCACUUUUUGGGUGCCAAGCCCAGCCAGUCCCAGCCCACUGUAA